CUGAGCGAAUGCACUUGAUCGCUUUUACCCUGCUCCGAGUGGGACGGGCAAGAGAACCUGAGUUACUUUCGCCCCAUCCCAUCCCAUAUCCCCACUUCACAGUGAGCUCCCCUGCGACUCGCCGCGCACGGACGGAAUGCAGAAGGUGUGCUAACAUUGCUGGGGAUACAGUGAGACCAUUCACUUGCACUGCAAUUUGGAUUUUACAACCAUGACCCAGGGACUGUUUGGGAAACUGGGAUUUUAAUAGUGAAAAUCAGAGGACCGAGAGGCAAUUUCAAUUCAUAAAGGUGCAACUGAGGAGAUCUGGGAAGACAUCAGAAUAAAAUCCUGGACCAGUGAGAGCCCCUGCCCCUACAGCAUGUACAGAGCGUCUCUCACCUGUGUUGCUCUGCUGCUCCUCUGUGGCUAUGAGGCUAGGCCAGGGAGGAACAAGAAGCAAAGACAAGUUGUUCCAGCUAUAGAGUGUGAUGUGAGGGCAGGGAAGAUCAAUCUCCCAGAAUUCAUUGCGAAAUGCCCUGCCAACUGUCGGGAGGCUAAGCAGCCGGUGUACGGGACCGGCGUCUUCGCCUCCAUCUCCAGCAUCUGCACCGCUGCCAUCCACAGCGGGAUCAUCACGAACACUGGAGGCAAGGUGAUCGUGAAGAAGAUGGCGGGGCAGUCGGUGUACAGGGGCAGCUUUGCCAGCGGAAUACGUUCCCUGUCGCUGCCCAAGUGGAGGGAGUCCUUCGUGGUUUCAGUGGGUAAACCGAAGAAGGGCGUAAUCUACCCAUCCACCCUGGACUACGCCCCGGCACGCUCCACAUCCAUCAAUACAGGUCAGAGGACCACCACCGUCCUGCCAACCACAACCACGGAGGAGCCAACCACAACCGUCCCUGAGCCCACCACCACCACACCCAAACCCACCACCACCGCCGCCCCCCAGCCCCCUAACACCGGCACCAAGCCCCGCACUGCCCUGCACAAAGCCAGGGACGCCGGCAGCAUUCACCCAUACUUGGCAGCCGGCAGUUCCAGGCAGACACAGGCUUCCCAGGGAAAAACGCUGAGUCAAGCAUUCAGAGGUGGCUCCUACCCCAGUAGAUUUUCACAGCGCACAAACCAAGGUAUACGCAGGCCGGAUGCGGUGUCCACCAUCAGGAGACAACCCGGCUCUCCCUCCGUGCCAGCUUUCAACAGAGUGCAGCCCUCCGUACCAGAGAGAAGCCAGCAGCCAGCCCAGUCCAACCCCACUUUUGCUAGAAGGCCGGCCGCCUCGUACCCUCGUCCCGACUGGUUUGCUGGACCCCGCCGGCCCCCAGGUAUCCCAGACAGCGGGAAAGUGACUCAUGUUGGCCAGGCCACUCCAGACUCGGGCUACACCUGGAGUGAGGGAGAAUCCCCGGAGACGGCAGCGCGGGAAGCCCGACCCGACAUGUCAGAGUAUGAGCGCUGGUAUUAUAACUUUGGACAGUACAUGCCCAGGCCGGGAGAAACAGACAACAGCCGGAAACCCGUCCCCGACUCCACACACACCCGAGUCGAGCCUGUGGAUUCCUGGAAGCCGGAGGCUAGCCCAGUCGAUGCAGUGCCCGCUGUUCGGGAGCAAGACUCACCUCCCAGGGUCCAAGAGACCGUCUCCCAGGGAGAUCCAAACUGCAAGGUGGACAUCGCCUUCCUGAUGGACGGCAGCUGGAGCAUUGGGAAACGCCGCUUUAAGAUCCAGAAGGACUUCCUUGUGGAAGUGGCCCAGGUCAUCAACGUGGGCCUGGCUGGCCCUAUGAUGGGCAUCAUCCAAUAUGGGGAUGACGCGGUGACCGAGAUCAGUCUGAAGGGCCACUCCAGCUCAAAAGACCUGAAACCUGCAAUAGACAAGAUCAUCCAGAAGGGGGGGCUGUCCAAUGUAGGGAAAGCGCUCCACUACAUCAACAAGCACUACUUCAGCGACGCCAACGGCAACCGGGGCGGGGCUCCCAAUGUGGCCGUGGUGCUGGUGGACGGCUGGCCCACGGACCGGGUCGAGGAGGCCUCUCGCCUGGCCCGGGAGUCCGGCAUCAACAUCUUCUUCGUCACCAUCGAGGGCCCCGAUGAGAAUGAGAAACAGAACGUGGUGGAGGCCAACUUUGUGGAUAAGGCGGUCUGUCGGACGAACGGAUUCUACUCACUGCCGGUGUCGAGCUGGUUCGCCCUGCGGAAGGCGGUGCAGCCCCUGGUGAAGCGCGUGUGCGACACGGACCGGCUCAUGUGCAGCAAGACCUGCCUGAACGCCCACGACAUCGCCUUCGUCAUCGACGGCUCCAGCUCGGUCGGCACCGGAAACUUCCGCACCGUGCUGCAGUUCGUGGCCAACAUCACGCGCGAGUUCGAGAUCUCGGACACGGACACGCGCGUGGGGGCGGUGCAGUACACCUACGAGCAGCGGCUGGAGUUCGCCUUCGGCCAGUACAACGGCAAGGCCGAGCUGCUCAACGCCAUCAAGCGCAUCAACUACUGGAGCGGUGGAACCAGCACCGGCGCCGCCAUCACCUACGCCUCCGAGCAGCUCUUCAGCAAGUCCAAGCCCAACAAGCGCAAGAUCAUGAUCGUCAUCACCGACGGCCGCUCCUAUGACGACGUUCGGGCCCCGGCGCUAGCUGUCCACCGCACAGGGGUGAUUGCCUACUCCGUGGGCAUCGCCUGGGCGGCCCAGGAUGAGCUGGAGUACAUCGCCACCGACCCGGACAAAGAGCACUCCUUCUUCGUGGAUGAGUUUGACAGCCUCUACAAGUUUGUGCCCAAGAUCAUCCACAACAUCUGCCAAGAGUUCAACUCCCAGCCCCGGAACUGAGCAAGGCUCAGGGACU